CAGUGAUCAGCGCCUUAUCACCCAUUUUUACUUCCAAAGCCCAGAGUCAUGGGCCACAAGGACGGCACAUCGCUAGCCUUCAGCGAGCUGCGAAAGGAAUCGCAAGAUAUAUACAACCGAAUUCACUCUAUAGCAGAGGACGCUGCUUUCGUAGACCAAGUCUAUCGGUCUUACCCCAGACUUCCCCUCAUCCCUAACAUGCGAUGUGGAGCAUGGUACACAGACCCUAACACUGCAUCAAAUGAACACGCAUAUUACAAGUCCACCGAUGGACACACUGGAAACUGGAGCUUCAAUCUUCGAAGGCCAAAUUUACACGUAUUACCUUUGAUCUGUGCGCACGCUGGACUACUCUUGGUGGAUUCUACGAGAGCAGGCAAACGUAUGCCAGACGCGCUCUCUAAAACCGUUCCAAUCUGGUGUGCUGUCAUAAAUAGAGCCGUCCUUAAAACUGCUCAGAACAUGAACGUGGAUGCGGAUGCUUGGAAUACGAAGUUGUAUACCCCACCUGGCGUGGUCAGCGCGCAAGAGCAUGAUCAAAUGGAGCAGAAGUUGGAUGGAUGGGCGGAUGAUCUUGCUGCUUCCUUUUAUGUACUUCCCAAAGUGCAAUACCCCCUCCGCCCAAUCUGGAUAACGCCCAGCACCACCAUAUUCCCAAAAUUCCCUGAUACCGAUGCUGAACGGCGAUUCUACCCUAUAAUCUGCAUAUCCGCUUCGAAGCAGGUUUUGGACGGCAUGGAGAGACGCAUCACAGGUUUUGCGUAUAUCCAGGGAUCUGGGGAUGACCAUGAGCUGUGGAGUAUGGGCCUCACCCCCACUCAAUUCUGGAAGCAUAAACAGACCCUCCUCGAUGCAAACCGAAACGAACUACCCACCCUCGUUCAAGCUCUCACAUCCUACCCAGAAAUACACAAUCUGUGCGCACCAACUCGGACGCGUCAUUCCAUCCCACACCCAUUCACCACGUCCACGGUAAACUCUCAAUAUGCACCACUCACUGAUAUCCCCUCCUCUCUCGAUGACGAGUUUGCGGCACCACCCGCUCUCAAAGACCAUCCACGCGUCCUAUACAUCCAAACGCCUCAAGGCAAAAAAGGCCAGCAUCACUUCCUACACUCCUCAUGCGAAACACGCACCGACACGAGUAUCGGCGUCGCCCUAGCAACUCUCACAAAGUUCUUUGACGAUGCAGGGGAAUUUUGCGAUGAGUACGAGUACGAGUAUGAACGGGAGGGUACCCUUUCCAAAGACGACAUCAAAACCCGCUUGCACUGGAUAAUAACGAGUUGUCCACAAGCCAACCCUUCGCGCACCACUCUCAAACGCGUCAACGAAUUCCUCCUCUCACCUCCCGAAUUCCUCCUCUCGCCCCAAAAAUUGCUUUACCCCUCCGGCGCGCCAACCUCACCUCAUGAACGCAAAACAACUUCGAUUCCAGAAACAGUACUAGUAUAAACAACAAUUCGAGACUGAGCAUGCACACCAGCAUGGUACGUCGAAGGCACGAGAUAAGACUUCCAGGGGUUAUACUCCUCUUGGAAUAUCAACGCCCGAAAGCGCGUCGGAGUAAGGCCCUGAGGAAGUGAUGUAUCGUUGGAGGUUUGAGGGGAAGUGGGAGAUGGUAGAUACGCCUGAGGCUCGGGUGAGGAGCUGGAGAUCGGCGCUGUGGGAACGUGAGAGUCCCUAACAAAUCCCAAGAUUCAUUCUAGGGAGAUAAUUAAAAUUGACUGACGAAGACAGCAUGUACCACCCCACGGACAGUCUUGACAUGCAUCCCCGCACUCUCUUGCGGUGUCACCUUGAUCUCAAACCGAGAGGGACUCCACUUUGAGCGUGAAUUUCCCCGUCUGGUUCGGUUCAUAAGC